AUGGGCAAGAAAAAGAACAAGAGCAAAGGUCAGCGCGGCGUUGCGGCUGCCUUGGCCACCUUUCAGGGCGACUCUAUGGCCAUUGAUACCGAAAACACCAACAUUCAGCUUUCAACUGCUCCGACAGACGGUGAAUUGACGCCAACUGCAUCAUCAGGCAGUCUUAAACGCCCAUGCCCCGAAGAUGAGAAUGAGGACGGCGGAGGUUGGCAGACCAUCGAAAACGGCCGGCCAGUAAAGAAGUUGAAGAAGAUUCCUGGCCAAGAAUCAAAACGCUAUCCUGGCAUCCAUUUCUCGACCCAGGCCAGGCUUUUCUCCAAGAUCAACGUUUCUUCUCUGCGCGAUCUGAUCCUGUACAUCUUCGCCGAUGGUGCUGCUCCGCAAUGGGUGUCCGUUAAGCAUCGCCCUGAGUUCAGAAAGAUCGUGGCUAUCAUGGUACCCGGCCUCGAUGAGGCCAUGUUCAAGAAGGGUCUCGACUUUUCCGCCUACACUGGACCCCCGCCUGGUCAAGCGACCUCUGGGGGCGCGCCUGAUCCUGAUGAGUACUAUCCACGCGAGCUCAAGAAGGAGCUGCUGCCCGAAGUACUGCAGCCCUUCGCCGAAAUGUUCCCGCAUUUGUGGCCUGUAAAAGCUCCAGGUGACGACAAGUAUGGCAAGUUGCAUUCGCCGAUGCAGGCAAUGCUUACGGCUCCCGUCCCGAAGAACAAGGGAGUUGGAGUCCAGCCCGUAUCCGAACCCAACGGCUGGAAGAGCCAACGAACACGCAUCACCGAGUUCUUGGCCAGCAACGAGGAGCUGAUGGAGAACGGCUUCCCCGUCCACCCAGCUAUGCUUAAGCCAGGGGAGAAGAGAGAUAAUUUCAAGGACCGCGAAGGCUGGGUACACACCAGAGUUGAGAACCUUGAGGAUGGAAAGGUUCCCGAGGGAGACGUGCAGCAGGGCAGUGUUACCGCAGGCCGGGAAGUCUACGCCCUCGAUUGCGAGAUGUGUGUGACCGGAGAGGCCGAGUAUUCACUUACCAGAAUCAGCUUGGUUGCUUGGGACGGCAGCGUUGUUCUCGACGAACUCGUCAAGCCGGACAAGCCUAUCAUUGACUAUGUGACACGGUUCUCAGGUAUCACCAAAGAGAUGAUCGACCCCGUUAACACGACAUUGAAGGAUAUCCAGGCCCGCUUGCUCGACAUUCUUGGCCCCAAGUCGAUUCUUCUCGGUCACUCGCUUGACUCUGAUCUUAAGGCUCUUAAGCUGGCUCACCCCUUUAUCGUCGACACCUCGCUUCUCUUCCCCCACCCUCGCGGCUUCCCCCUCAAGCAAUCGCUGAAGUACCUCGCACAAAAGUUCCUCAACCGCGAAGUUCAAAAGGCCGGUGAGGCUGGACAUGACAGUAUCGAAGACGCCAAGACAUGUCUCGACCUGGUCAAGAGGAAGUGCGAGAAGGGCAAGGCAUGGGGCGCCGGAGAGAGCCAAGGCGAGAACCUCUUCAAGCGCCUCGCUCGCGCUGGCACAGCAUACCGCUCUACCGCUGGUCCGGAGGCUACGGGCGGCGCUCCCGUUGGCAAGACCAGCGCGGCUGUUGACUGGGGUGAUGUAAGCAGGAGCGCCGGCAACGCCGCCACUGUCAGCAUCUCCUGCAAGUCCGAUGCGGAGGUUGAAGCCGGUAUCAUCCGCGCGGUCAAGGGCGAUCCCGACGGCCUCGAAGUCCCCGGCGGCGGCGUUGACUUCGUCUGGGCGCGCAUGCGUGAGCUCGAGGCUCUACAAGGGUGGUGGAACCGCAACAAGCUCGUGGCCGAGGAUGCCGGCGGCCCGCCAGCUGAGAAGAAGGAGGGAGACGAAGAGGAUGAGGAAGAGAAGGAAGAUACCGUAUCACCCCUAGAAACCUGCCUCAAGACGCUCGGCGAGCGUCUGAAGCGCAUCUACGACAACCUCCGCCUUGCACGGCCUUCAUCGUCUACACCGGCACCGGCGACCCGCGUGAGAUGA